GGGCAAGGCGCGGCGAAUGGCGCUACCGCAGCCUCUAGCUCAGCAACAGGCGCGGCAAAGGCAGACACCGCUGCUCCUAACGCCGGCUGGGGCUCCUCUUCGCGCGAGCUCGAAGGCGCAGAGUCUCCUGGUUACGAGCGAUUUGGCAAACCUUGCAGGCGAUUGUGGUACCACGGUGACACGAAAGCUAGUGGGGCCAGGCCGUACCUGAACAUGAAUGCUGGUAAGCCUCAAUUGCAAUCGAUUGGUAAACGCGACGGACACACUGACCUCUUUGAGUGCUCGUUUACCUGCAGGAGCCUUUGGAUCAUGUCCGAAGCCCGUCAUGGAAGCUAGCCACGCUUGGAGCGUCAAGGCGGAGGAGAAUCCUGAUCUCUUCCGCCGCUUUACCUACCCCACACAGCUGCGUAGCAUCCUAAGGCGCCUCUCCUCUGAGCGCCUCCCGCACUGCCCCGCUUCGACUCUCGCCCUGAUCCGCAACGCCACCACGGGAACGAAUGCAGUCCUUCGUGGCAUCCCGUGGCAGGAGGGAGACCACAUUCUCUGCUUAUCCACCGUGUACGGAGCGCUGGAUAGGACUAUAGACUACAUCAUAGAGCACAGCGCCACAAGCGGGACUCCCAAGCCCACAAAGGUCACGAUGGAGGUCACCUACCCCAUCUCGCACGAGGAGCUUCUCAAAACCUUCACCGCCAAGCUAUCCGCCCUCCGCUCAGAAGGCAAACGCGUCCGUCUCGCCACAUUCGACGCCGUCUCUUCCCACCCUGGCGUCCUCCUCCCAUGGGAACGACUCUGCGUCCUCUGCAGAGAGCACAACGUCCUCUCCCUAGUAGACGCCGCACACGCUUUUGGCCAGAUCGACUGCUCCCUUCUCGGCUCCUCUGCAGCCCCUGCAGACUUCUGGGUAAGCAACGUCCACAAAUGGUCAUUCGCUCCGAGAGGAUGCGCCAUCUUCUACGUGCCGGCGCAGAAUAGGCAUUUUGUGCCGAGCACGCUGCCCACUUCGUGGGGGUGGAAGGCAAAGGCCUCGAGCAGUCUUGCCACGCCUGGGGUGGCGGCCGAUGAAGAAUGGGCCGCAGCAUGGAGGGACCCGGGGACAGACCAGGUGUCCCACUACCUUUCCGUCGACGCCGCCCUGGAUUUCGUGCGUGACCGCCUUGGAGGGGAGGAGCGGGUUCGUCGAUACAAUACCAGUCUGGCACGAAUCGGCGGAGCAGAGGUGGCGAGAAUACUGGGGACGGAGAUACUUGACGUGGAGGGGAAGGAGGAAGAACGCCUGACAGCUUGCAUGGUCACGGUGCGUCUGCCCCUCGUCUCGCGAGCUAUCGGGCCUGAUGCGACAAAAUGGGUGUGGCAGAUGGGAGGCGAGGGAUUCUUCUUUGAGACAUUGCAGGAUGACUUUGCUACGAACAUCCCCAUCCUUGCGCACAACAAUCGCGUCUACGCCCGGCUCUCAGCGCAGGUUUGGCUGGACGUGGACGAUUUCGCGUAUGCUGGGAGAGCGCUCAAGGAGGUCUGUCGAAGGGUCAAUGAAGGGGACAUGCCCGCUGCCAAGGCGAGUGUAGGAGCAGAGGCUGCGGGACAGCCAGUAGAAGCAGCAUGAUGGUGUAAAGCAGACAUGUACGCGCUCCUCCCUGCUUGCUCAUCGGAACAUAGAGUGAAUCAAUUGUCAUUGAUGUGCAGGGCAGAGAGGCAAAGGAAACAGGCCAGAAGUAGAGAAGCGCAAGAGCG